CUCUAGCAGGGCAGAUAUUUGACAAACUGACAUGUUGGAAAGGUGGCAUCCUAUGACGGUGCCACGUUGAAAGGCACUGAGAUCUUCAGUUAGGUCAUUCUACUGCCAAUGUUUGUUUAUGGAGAUUGCAUGGCUGGCUGUCCGACUUUAUACACCUGUCAGCAACAGGUGUGGCUGAAAUAGAAUCCACUAAUUUGAAGGGGUGUCCACAUAUGUUUGCAUAUACAGUGUAGAUUCUCUGUCCUGCUACUGGUAGGACUAUAACAUUAUGUGAACUGAUCUGAACAGGUUUAGGCUGGUCAUCGAUGACAUGUAGGCUAUAUCUGAGGUAUAGACUUUCAUCUGCAUAUCACUAACAAACUGCUAGUAUACAUUAUAACCUAGCCUACUUUACAUAAUAUAAAAUCUCUCACUUGUUGCAAAAAACCUUUCUGAAUGGAUCAAUCAAAUCAAAUCGAAUUUAUUUAUAUAGCCCUUCGUACAUCAGCUGAUAUCUCAAAGUGCUGUACAGAAACCCAGCCUAAAACCUCAAACAGCAAGCAAUGCAGGUGUAGAAGCAUGGUGGCUAGGAAAAACUCCCUAGAAAGGCCAAAACCUAGGAAGAAACAGGCUAUGUGGGGUGGCCAGUCCUCUUCUGGCUGUGCCGGGUGGAGAUUAUAACAGAACAUGGCCAAGAUGUUCAAAUGUUCAUAAAUGACCAGCAUGGUCGAAUAAUAAUAAGGCAGAACAGUUUAAACUGGAGCAGCAGCACAGUCAGGUGGACUGGGGACAGCAAGGAGUCAUCAUGUCAGGUAGUCCUGGGGCAUGGUCCUAGGGCUCAGGUCCUCCGAGAGAGAGAAAGAAAGAGAGAAUUAGAGAGAGCAUAUGUGGGGUGGCCAGUCCUCUUCUGGCUGUGCCGGGUGGAGAUUAUAACAGAACAUGGCCAAGAUGUUCAAAUGUUCAUAAAUGACCAGUAUGGUUGAAUAAUAACAAGGCAGAACAGUUGAAACUGAAAUCAAUCAUUUCCCCCCUCAGAUCAAUAAUGUCCGUUUUAGCCCUUCUGUCUACAUUCUCAGAUUAGUUUAGAAAAUAACAGAUUGAAAGACAAUAAAUAUCCUACUGUUAGUGAAUACAAAUAAGUGUGAGACAUGGCCUUGUGUUGCUGCACUGUCUAGAACUACCUUAACAAACAGUGACUUAUUAUUAUUAUUGACAGUUACCAUGGAGAUGAAAUAUCACAACUACAUGGUCAUGUGAUGCAUUAAAUCACCUGGCUGUUUCUAUGUCUGUUAGUAAAUGUUUUAUUUUUCAAAGAGAUAAUGAAUACAUGAGAACAAUAAUUAGUUGUCACUGUGUUAAUCACAACCAACAUGCUGGAUCUCUGUUUAGGGGUCAGUGCUCUAAAAUGAGUGUCUCUGGGGAGAGAGAGGAGGGGGGCCCUGCCUCUAAAAUGAGUCUCUCUGGGGAGAGAGAGGAGGGGGGCCCUGCCUCUAAAAUUCAUCUCUCUGAGGGACAUGACACCAAAGCUAAGAGACCAAUCAAGCAGGAGAGACCAGCCUCCCCUGUUCCUAGCUGUGUGUCCAUGAAGAGUGACUGGUCUAUGAUUCAACCUAUAGAGUUUAGAGAGGGAGACUUUUCUACUGAACAAAGAAACCAACAGGAGAGAUCAGAGUCAGAGAUUCUCAGUGGUCAGUCUUCCCAGAGUCAUCAAACAGACCUGGCCUCCAUAUUCAGUUUGCUUGAACAGAAAAUUAUGACAUUUGUGAAGAACGAGCUGAAGAUGUUCAAGAGGAUUCUUAGUCCAGAACUCCCAGAAGGCUUUGAGAGUCAGAAGCAGGAUAAGGAAGUGGUGGAUGCUGAAGAUGAGAAGCAGGAGAGCAGUGCCAGAGAGGGGGCUCUGAAGAUCACACUGCACAUCCUGAGGAAAAUGAACCAGAAGGAGCUUGCUGACACACUGGAGAAAUAUGAGCUCGCUGUGAUUUGCCAACGUGAACUCAAAUCUAAUCUAAAGAAGAAGUUUCAAUGUGUAUUUGAGGGGAUCGCUAAACAAGGAAACCCAACACUUCUCAAUAAGAUCUACACAGAGCUCUACAUCACAGAGGGUGGAACAGGAGAGGUCAAUAAUGAACAUGAGCUGAGACAGAUUGAGACAACAACCAGGAAACAAGCAAGACCAGAGACUGCAAUCAAAUGUAAUGACAUCUUCAAACCCUUAACUGGACAAGACAAACCUAUCAGAACUGUGCUGACAAAGGGAGUCGCUGGCAUUGGAAAAACAGUCUCUGUGCAGAAGUUCAUUCUGGACUGGGCUGAAGGAAAAGCAAAUCAGGAUGUCCAAUUUGUAUUUUCAUUUCCUUUUCGGGAGCUGAAUUUGAUGAAAGGGGACAAACACACUUUCAUUGAACUUCUUAAUCACUUCUCAAUGGAAACCAAACAAUCAGGAAUCUCCAUCUACAACAAGUACAAAGUUGUGUUCAUCUUUGAUGGUCUGGAUGAGUGCCGACUGCCCCUAGACUUCCAGAAGAACAAGAUCUGUUGGGACGUCACAGAGUCAACCUCAGUGGAUGUUCUGCUGACAAAUCUCAUCAAGGGAAAUCUGCUCCCCUCUGCUCUCCUCUGGAUAACUACCCGACCUGCAGCAGCCAAUAAGAUCCCUUCAGGGUGUGUUGACCAGGUGACAGAGGUACGAGGGUUCAAUGACCCACAGAAGGAGGAGUACUUCAGGAAGAGAUUCAGUGAUGAGGACCUGGCCAGCAGAAUCAUCUCACACAUAAAGACAUCAAGGAGCCUCCACAUCAUGUGCCACAUUCCAGUCUUCUGUUGGAUUUCUGCAACAGUCCUUGAACACAUGCUGAAACAUAAGAGAGAAGAGAUGCCCAAGACUCUGACUGAGAUGUACACACACCUUGUGGAGUUUCAUACCAAACAGAAGAAUGAAAAGUAUCUUGGGAAAGAAGAGACAGGUCCACACUGGAAUAAAGAGAUCAUUCUGUCACUGGGAAAACUGGCUUUUCAACAGCUUGUGAAGGGCAAUCUGAUUUUCUAUGAAGAAGACCUGAAAGAUGCUGGCAUUGAUGUUAAUGAAGCCUCAGUGUACUCAGGAUUGUGCACACAGCUCUUUAAAGAGGAAUGUGUGCUGUACCAGGACAAGGUGUACUGCUUUGUUCAUCUGAGCAUUCAGGAGUUUCUGGCUGCUGUAUAUGUGUUCCUCUCAUUCAUCAACAACAACGAGAAUCUAAUGGACAAACUGCAAACAAAACACGAGCCUGAAGUUGCUUUCUACAAGAGUGCUGUGGAUAAAGCCUUACAAAGUGAGACGGGAAACCUGGACCUUUUCCUCCGCUUCCUUCUGGGCCUCUCACUGGAGUCCAAUCAGAAGCACUUACGAGGUCUACUGACAAAGACAAGAAGCAGCUCACAGAGCCAUGAAGAAACAGUCAAGUACAUCAAGAAGAAGAUCAGGGUGAAUCUCUCUCCAGAGAGGAGCAUCAAUCUGUUCCACUGUCUGAAUGAACUGAAUGACCAUUCUCUAGUGAAGGAGAUCCAAAGCUACCUGAGCUCAGGAAGUCUCUCAAAACCCAAACUGUCCCCUGCACAGUGGUCAGCUCUGGUCUUUGUGUUGCUGACUUCAGAAAAGGAGCUGGAUGUGUUUGACCUGAAGAAAUACUCCAGAUCAGAGGAAGGUCUUCUGAGGCUGCUGCCAGUGGUCAAAGCCUCCAGAGCUGCUCUGCUGUCAGACUGUGGAGUCACAGAGGAAGGCUGUGCUUCUCUGGUCUCAUCUCUGAAGUCAAACCCCUCACACCUGAGAGAGCUGGAUCUGAGUAACAAUGACCUGAAGGAUUCAGGAGUGGAGCUGUUCUCUGCUGGACUGGAGAAUCCCCACUGUAAACUGGAGACUCUGAGGCUGUCAGGCUGUCUGGUCACAGAGGAAGGCUGUGCUUCUCUGGUCUCAGCUCUGAGGUCAAACCCCUCACACCUGAGAGAGCUGGACCUGAGCUACAAUCACCCAGGAGACUCAGGAGUCAGACUGCUCUCUGCUGGACUGGAGGAUCCACACUGCAGACUGGAGAAACUCAAUGUGGAACAUGGUGGAGAGAACAGAAUGAAACCUGGACUUAGAAAAUAUGUCUGUGAUCUCACACUGGACCUAAACACAGUAAACAGACACCUCUCUCUGUCUGAGGGGAACAGAAAGGUGACAUGGAGGAGAGAGAAGCAGCCGUAUCCUGAUCACCCAGAGAGAUUUGAGGGCUGUGGACAGGUGCUGUGUAGAGAGGGUCUGACUGGGCGCUGUUACUGGGAGGUAGAGUGGAGUGGGAGAAGGGCAGAUAUAGGAGUGACAUAUAAAGGAAUCAGCAGGAGAGGAGGAGGUGCUGACUGUUGGCUUGGAUGGAAUAACAAGUCCUGGAGUCUGUUCUGCUCUGACAACAGUUACUCUGCCUGUCACAAUAAUAAUCCCACUACCAUAGACGUCCACCCCUCCAGCUCCCACAGAGUAGGAGUGUAUCUGGACUGGCCAGCCGGCACUCUGUCCUUCUAUAGAGCCUCCUCUGACACACUCACCCACCUGAUCACAUUCACCUCCACAUUCACUGAGCCCCUCUAUCCAGGGUUUAGGGUUUGGGGUGAUGACUCCUCAGUGUCCCUGAAAUAAUAACUUGACACACCUACACACACACACACACACACACACACACACACACACACACACACACACACACACACUGGAUACACACACACACUGGACUG